AUGGACGCUCAGCUGGAAGCUCGCGCUCAGGAUGCAAUAGCUCGCGCCCGCAGUCUCUAUAACCGAGGCGAACGUCAUCCCGCUCUCGAAGCCGCGCUCAGUGCCAGCUCGCUGUUCCUCGACGCGGCACAGGCUGCCGCAAAGGCAAACCGAGAGAAGCUCAAAGAGCAGUUCAAGGCUGCGGCGACGUUUGCGGAGCAAAUCAAAGCGAGCUUGUCUACCGAUCUGGCGUUGGCGAGCGCGUCGUCGUUGUCCGAGAAACCAGAGCAGCAGCAGCGGCAGGUGACGAGACCUUCGACGCCGCUUAAACGGCCAAAGUCAUGCAAAGAGACGCGCUGUUUUUCAGACUUGAGGCUGUCGAAAAAGGAGCAGGCUAUUCUUUUGCGAAGUUCAAAGUUUGGAAACUCUGUAUUUCCUCCGUGGGAGGCGUCUGCCGGUAAAUCGUCGGGCACGUCUGCUUCUGCAGCCAAGUUUACCGACCCUUCCGGUUUUCUGAAAUUGUCUCCGGAUCAGGAAAAAUAUUUCGCGGGGUGGAAGAGGCCCUCUGAAAUCUGGGGCGACGAGGCCAUCUUAUUUCGAUCCUCCCCGUCAGAGUACGGCAGGUUGUCGACCGAUCUGUGUCAAGACGUUCUUUCUGAUUGCUCUAUCGUAGCUUCGUUAUGUGCCGCGUCACAUUGGGAAUGUCUAUCGGAACGUGAUCUUGUUUCUGAUAUAUUGUAUCCUAUCGAACCCGGCAAAUACGCCGUGAAGCUAUUUAUCAACGGCGCCUACCGCAAGGUCAUUAUUGAUGAUUUUCUGCCAACGUCGCACUCGUCAAGAUAUAUCCAUGUCACAUCACGCGCAUAUCCGUCUCUAUACAGCCCAGCACUAAUCGAAAAGGCAUAUCUCAAAGCAAUGGGCGGCUACGAUUUCCCCGGAUCCAACGCCGCCAGCGAUAUCUUUGCGCUGACGACAUGGAUCCCAGAGCAUAUUCUGCUUCAUAACGGUAGCAUUGAUACCGCCGCUCUGUGGGAUCGACUGAUCACCGCCUGGCGAUUUCGGGACCUGCUCGUGACUGUAGGAACUGGAAAACUUACCGACGAGGAAGCUGUGCUGUUUGGACUCAUAAGCGAUCAUGACUACACCGUGAUUUCCAUGCGUGUUUUGGAGUCCGGACAGCGCGUCGUUUGCUUGAAAAACCCGUGGAGAACGACGGAGGAUCAUGUGAAACCGUCGGGAAUAUCGGUCGAUGAUUGCGAGGAGAAGUGGGCGGCUGACAAUUGUUUCUGGAUGGACUUUGCGAGAAUGUGCACUAGAUUCAACAGCAUGUAUUUGAACUGGAGUCCUGUGCUUUUCAAAUACCGACAGCAGAAGCAUUUUGAGUGGGACUUGACAAACAGCAUGGGCCAUAAAAGUUUAUUAUCGAAUCCUCAGAUGUCGAUCGAGAAUUCAAGUGCGGAGCAGUCGCAGGUCUGGCUUCUUCUGGCUCGGCACAUCACAAAAGAUCAACCGAGCACGUACAUCGCUCUGCAGGUGUUUAAUGAUCCAGGCACAAAGGUCUGGAUGAAGAAAAACACGGUCGCCCAGACAAACCUGGUAGAUUCAACGCAGACACUUCUUCGCGUGGAUAUCCCUGCAAAAACACGGUACUCAGUCGUCGUGGCAGCCGAGAGCGAGCGGCGCACGCGGACCUCGUUUUCGCUCUUUGCGUACUCUCUGAAUCCGAUUGCACUCGAUACCGCAGCCGAAGUCUUGCCAUACUCUGUCGACGUCGACGGGCAGUGGACAGAGCUCACGGCGGGCGGGAAUACGGCUUCGCCUAGCUAUUUGUAUAACCCGCAGUACAAGCUGGUGGUAUCUGAGGACUCGAUGGUGCAGAUGUUUAUCGAGACGACGUCUGACGUGUCGGUAUAUGCACAGAUAGUCUGGGGCGGAGGGAAGCGUGUCUCUGUAGUCCGGUCGCGAGACACCGUUCUCGACACAGGCCAGUACGAAGUAGAGUGCGCGCUCACAAAGCGCAAGCAAGUGCUGAAAGGGGAGUACACCGUUAUUGCAUCGCUCUACGAGCCCGGGGUUACGGGGGAGUUUUCUUUACAUAUCAAAUCGGAGUUUGCUUGUCAGAUCACCAGGCUGCCUGAUCUACGAGCUGGCUGA